AUGAUCUCAUACAUGAAACAUCCAAAGAGCUUUUCUCUUGUAAUAAUUUUUCUCCUUUUAACUGUAGUUCUUUACAUUUACAUAUGUGUCCGGUCUCCUUCAAUCUCAAACCCUUUACUCUCCUGCCAAGAAUCCAUCCUUCGACCCUCAAUUUUCAAUGUAAGAAAGUUUCAGGUAAACGACGAGUUUGGUUUGGUGCUGGAAGAAGCUUCCAUGGCGAACAAGACAUUGAUCAUUACAAUUGUCAACAAAGCUUAUGUUGAGCAAAGUGUAAAUGCAGAGACGACAAUGCUGGACCUGUUCUUGGAGAGUUUUUGGCUUGGAGAAGAUACCAGGCCACUUCUUGACCAUCUGCUAUUUGUUACCGUCGAUCAAACGGCUUAUGAACGGUGCAAAUUUAAAAGGUUGCACUGUUACAGAUUGAUGACGGACGGUGUUGAUUUUAGUCGGGAAAAUGUUUACAUGUCGCCGAAGUAUGUUAAGAUGGUGUGGAGAAAGACUCUUCUUCUUUUGGACGUGCUUAAGCGUGGCUACAGCUUCAUAUUUACGGACACAGAUAUACUGUGGCUAAGAAAUCCAUUUGCAAAGUUAAGUCGAGACCAAACCGUGGACCUACAAAUCAGCCUUGAUUCUUCCAGUGACGACCCAGCUCGACCCGAAGACAAUCUGGUCAACACAGGUUUUUUUUUCAUCAGAUCAAACAACAAGACCAUUUCGUUGGUCGAUACAUGGUAUUCCCAGAAGGAUAUUAAUCCCACAGGGAAACACGACCAACAUGUCAUGCGAGAUCUAAUGCAUAGUGGGCUCUUCAACCAGCUGGGUCUCCAAGUAAGGUUCUUGGAUACCAGGCAUUUCAGUGGCUUUUGUGAAGAUAGUCAUGAUGUCGCCGCAGUAACCACCAUGCAUGCGAAUUGCUGCCGCUUUAUGAAGGCAAAGUUUAGCGAAUUAACAAAGGUCCUCCGUGAAUGGAAGCAGUUCAAAGCCACCGUGACUGAACAUCCUGAGGUUGCCGGUGAUAUAACCAGAGGUUUUAAAUGGUCGACACACACCGAAUGUGAAAACUCCUGGAAACAAAGAUACUAA